GCGCGCUGCUCGCCGACACCGCCGCGCCGCUCGCCGUGCUGGCGCAUCAUAAGGGAGUGAACCCGGCCACAACAUAUUUGGCGGCGGAGCGCGCAGCUGAAAACCUAGUGGGCGCGCUACAGGCGGCGGGCGAAGCCUCCGAGGGGGCGGAGCCCGAGCCGGCGGGUGGGGAGCGCGCCCGCGCCGCCGCCGCCGCGCACGCCGCCGUGCAACUUGCCGCCGACAUGCCGGCUUUGACCGACAUGCUGCUGGACCUGCACCACGCGUGGGACAGCGGCGCGCGGCGCCUCACGCGACAACCGGCGCUUGCGCACCACGCACACGGAUCAUCUACAGCGGCGUGGCCCUCGGCCAGUACCAGUGGGCCCGGAGGGCCCGCGGGCCCGGCGGGGGGCCGCAGCGCGACGGGCGCGGGCGUGUGGCGCCGCGUGCGCCUGAAGCUGGAGGGCCGCGAGCGCGAUGCGGCGCGCCGCGCCAUGCCGCAGGAACAGGUGGAGUACAUAAUAUCGGAAGCGACCAGCGCAGAGAACCUGUGCCUGAUGUACGAGGGCUGGAUGGCGUGGGUAUGAAGCGCCCGCGGGACCCUCCUGAGGGACCGGACCCACACGACGCCCCGCCCACGGCGCGCGGCGAGCAGCGCCCGGCGCUCGACGACUCGGCCUGCUGACGGUUUAGAUUACUUCUCGAUCGAUGUGUCUCUUUGUUUAAAUUCGAAAAGACGGACGUCCGUCUCGCAGUGGAGCCUGCGUGGGCCGCAGACACGAUCGGGACUG